CUGUUUAUUAACAUUUAUUAUUCAAGGCUGUCAAAUAAUUAUGUCGUUUUUAGCUAAUUGUUUUCAUAUUAUCGGAUGUUGGUGAUUUUAGGCUAAAUAAAUAAAUAGUCACAAUAAUUUAAGUCAUUUUCUAGUUUGUAAAUGUAUUCUGACAAUCUGUUUUGUUUUGAGUAAACCGUAAGAAUACGUUUUAAUGAAUAAUGAAUAAUAAAUUAUUGAACACCAUAGCUAAUGCUAUAGAUAAUAAGGAAGAAAUAAAAAAAAGGUUAGAGGCUGGCAAAACUGCUCUUCGUGAUUUACAAGCCUGUGUUGAAAACUGUCAAAAUCGUUUUGGAGGAAGAUCUGAACUAGCUACUGAAGAUGAUAUAAGAAUAGUGAACCUGUGUGAGAAAUGGGAAAGAAUUCUCAGCCAUGGACUUAAAACAAAUUUGUCAAAUUCUGCUAUUCAAAACUUUGUAGCUGCUGGUUUAAAUUUAACUUUUAAUAUUGUAAACAUAGGAAACUCUUUAUGGAGCUACUGUUGCCUUCAUCUCACAAAACAUGAAAAAGAGAGAUUUAAAAUUUUAUCGAAUAUCAACACUCCUUUAGGCUACUUCAGGGCAUUUUUACGAGCUUCAUUAAAUGAACGAUCAUUAGAAAGAUAUUUACAAAGUUGGGUUUCACAUGGGCUGUUAAUAGAAUAUUAUGAUGAAGGUGCCUUUGUUCGUAGCCCUGAAGCAAACAUUCUUCCGAGUGUAGCGGCAGGCUUAUCAUCUGUUUUGUUCGCACUAUCAAUUGACAAAGCAGAACUGAAUGAAUCACAGCAAUUAAAUCAAAUCAAUAAAUCGGAGCUUGUUAUACCUCUAUCUACACCUAUAAAAACAUCUAGUAACUCGAAACGAAAACCCAUACGUCAGGUUAUAUCAUUUGAUAAAGAUGGAGAAAAAAAUAAGGUACAACAAAAGAAAAUUGUAGAACCUAAAGAAAGUUUGAGUGAAUGUUCGUGGAAUAGUGCUCCAGCGACCUGUCUUAACUCUCCCGAUCCUAAAAUAACACCGAAAGUUUCUCUCAGUGAACCGACAAGCUCAGAUAGCAAGAGCGCUAUAAGACACUUUUUCCCUGACAGCGUUAAAGCAAUAGACAGCCCUUUGCAAAUAUUAACGAAACUAUCCGAAAGUGCCAAAGAAAUAUUUUCAAGCUCCCAAAAUAGUAUAGACAAAAGUAAUAUUGUUAAAGACGACAUGUCAGAUUUGAGUGUUAAUUGCCUUAAGAUAUCUGAGAGUGACAGUGAAGAGGUGGCAGGCAGUAUUGAUGGCAGUACAUCAUGCUUAGAGCUUUGUUUUACAGAGGACGAAAGUGUUGCAGAUGAGAAAAGUUUUAAUUCGAUUCUAGAAAAUAAGGAAAAAGAAUUUAUGAAUUUACAACUCAAAUACAAUCACUUUGAGGCAACGAGUAAAGAGAAAAUACAUAAAUUAGAAAAAGUUGUGUUAGAUCUCAGCAAAGAAAAUGAUAGAUUAAAGGAACAGUUAAGAAAUUAUAUGUCGGCAGUGGAAAUGGGUAAAGCUUUGAAGAGUAAUAACAGCUUAGAUGAAGAAAUUACGCAAUAUGAAAAGAAAUUAGUUCAGGUUGCGGAAAUGCACGCUGAACUAAUGGAAUUCAACCAACAUUUACAAAAAAGGCUACAAGAUCUAGAGACGUCUGGUCUUGAAAUAGUUGACCUACCGGAAUCAAAUGUUAAAGUUUACAUUCCCAGUGCAUUUUUAGUUGGAAAGAAAACGCAGUCUUUUCAUGUAUAUCAGGUUUUUCUGAAAAUUGGUCAAGAGGAAUGGAAUGUGUACCACAGAUACGCGAAGUUUUACGAGUUACACUCACAACUGAAAAAGUGUCAUCCAGACAUCGCAAAUUAUAAGUUUCCACCUAAAAAAACGUUGCGUAAAAGGGACGCGCGCGUGGUGGAGGCGCGGCGCGGCGCGCUGCAGGCGUACCUGCGCCACGUGCUGCGCGCGCUGCCUGAGCUGCGCGCCUGCACCGCCCGCGCGCAGCUCGUCGCGCUGCUGCCCUUCUUCGGGACUUCAUCUACUAUAAAAGAAAAUGGCUUAAACAACACACUGACGCGUCAACAAUCCAGCGACUCGGUGUCCACAUUUGAUGCACUUUAAUUGGCGUAGCGCACAUUUAAUGGGGCGACAAAUCACAAUUUCUUCAAAAGAAAUUUAAAUCCUGCCUAUCGAUAUCUAAUCUAAUAGUUAAUAACAAAGAUAACUGUCGAAAUACAAGAAACAGUCCUAGCAGUGGCGGAUUUACCAGUACGGUGUUGGUUGAAGCAAAUGGCGGCAAUUUUUAGUGGGUGGCAAAUUCGUCCUAAUUUUUUUUAUCUUACAAAAAUAAAAAACAUUAUAUACCUACGUACAGAAAAAAAAACUCGAAAAUUUAACAAAAAUGUCAAUAUAUCAGUACUGUACCGUGAACUUAGCACCAAAUGUUCUCUAUUAUAUUACGCAUGUAUUAUACAUAUAAACCUUCCUCUUCAAUCACUCUAAGAAGAAAUUGUAAAAAAAGAAAAUAAAGAAUGGGGCGGGAAAUUUUCGGUGGGCGCCGGGCGGGAAAAAACCCACGCUACGCCACUCUCUGUGGGGUAGGUACUACUAUUAUACUUCAGAUAGAUUUAAAGACGACUGCCAAAACAGGCUCUAAAUGAAUUUGACAGAGAUUGUUAUUUAAUGGUAACUUUCAACUUUUACAACCUGAACUAUUUAUGUUACAUAAAAAUUAGUUACUGUAAAAAAUUAUCUUUAAUGUUUUUGUGGCUGUUUGUUUUUGUAGAUAAGAAAGCUAAAAAAUAUACAUUUAGAAUUUUAAGCGAACUAAAUUAAUAAGUGUUUAAUCCUAUUGUUUUGAUUUGUUUUGUUUGGCUUCUAAAAAUCAAAUGUUUCCUGAACCAUCAUUAUAUGGUCCGUGAGCCAGUGACAGAUUUUCAUGGCCAAUUUCCUUUCAAUCGAAACUUCGUAAAAUGCAUAAGGGAUUUUAAUUAUGAAUAUUCAGCUCAGGCUCCGCGGGUGGGGUGGGGAGUGGCAUCCUCCCACGCAUGGAGAAAUAAAAACCUUAAAAUUUAUCGGAUAAUAGUUUACUUAAUAUCUUGAAGGAAAAAUAAUCUCAGCUGACCAUGAAGUGCGAUAAUAAAAAUCUCUUAUGCAUUUUACGAAUUUUCGAUUGCGAGGAAAUGAUCGACCGAAUUUGUACCUGGCUCCCGGACCAAUUAAUAAAUUAAAUAUAUAUUAACUGUAUUAUGAAUACAAUAUAACCUCUCAUAUGUAAAUUAAUUAUCAUUAAAGCUCGCGUUAAGUCACUCAUACUGAUGUUUAUUAAAUUUCAUUCGUUAAAAAUACAUUGGUAACGUAUUAUUAUAACUUUAUAACGUUACAAUCUGUGAUAUCAUUAGUUGUAAAAACCAUUAAACUAUUUCCAACGCAUAUAGAUGUUAAGUCUUUUGAAACAUAAUUAACAUUUUCGUUAAUUAAAUCACAAUAAAAAUAUAUAAGUAAGCACCUAUUGUAUAAAAUUAUUGUUCCUCAUUUUCAAAGUAAACAAUUUUAUUUACUAUAGAUUAGUUAUUAAAAGAUAGCGAGCUGCUUAUAUACAUCCAUUUGAAUUUAGUAAUAAUUGAGUUUGCAAAACCGACUUCAAUUACUUAAACAAGUAAUAAUUUGACGAAAAAAAUUACCAAACGUAUUAGUCGCCACUAUGAUUUUUGAGGGUUCCCCUCGAUUUCUCUAUGAUUCCAUCAAACCGGUUAAAAAAGCGGUUAUUGUAAUAUUACAGACACUCCAAAUUUUAUUUAUUUGUAUAGAUGAAGAAAAUAAAAUGAUAAAUAAUAGUUGAUUGGCGAUUUCUCAGUAGUCAACAAGUAGUCAAUGUGAACACAAGUCACAGAUGGUCAAUUAUGAGACCUCCCCCUAUCUAGUGUGACGUAAAAAUAUGUGUAUUUUGCAAUUUUACACCUAAAAAUAUUAUUUAUUAAACUAUAACAUCAGUUUU